UGAUCAACAGAUCGAAAUGAAGUGUGUAGUGUCUAUUUUCUUCCUUUCGGCCCUCGUCGUCGCCUUUGCGGCUGAAAAGUAUACGACCAAGUACGACAACAUCGAUUUGGACGUGGUCCUCAACAACGAAAGGCUGUACAAAAAAUACUUCCAAUGCCUCACCAACGCCGGCCGGUGCCCUCCUGAUGGAAAGGAGCUGAAAGCAUCCCUGCCGGACGCACUUGCCACCAACUGUGCAAAAUGUUCCAAAAAACAGAAGGAAGGAAGCGAAAAAGUUAUCAAUUUCAUAGUCGAGAAGAAGCCGAAAGACUUCGAAAAACUUGAGGAGCUUUACGACCCCGACGGCGUGUACAGGAAGAAGAACCCGAAAGUCAAGAAACACUCAAAGAAGGAAAAUUGAUUUUUAACAUUGCAAGUCCCUCAAUAUCUAUAUACAUGUAUAUCUAUAAAUAAUAAAAGUAUAAUUUAAUGUUUUAUCGCUUUUUCGACGUUUAAUUGUAUUGUAAAUU